GUGUCAGGCCCAAACUUCAGCCGUCCCCAGGCGCGCGGGGCCGUAAAUACUGCACGCCCUAGUCAUCCCUAAGAAUAAACCUUUCAACAACACCAGCCCGUGUCGACCUGAAUCAUCCCGGGCUCUGCUUUGGGAAAGUGACCCAGCUCACGACCUCGUGGUGGAUGCUCUAUAUAAGUCCAGGAAAAUAACAGCCGCAGAGGGCACAAGGCUGGAGUUAAUCAGAGCAGGGGCACUACCUCGGGAAGGAUCACCGUCGAGGGAGCGCGGCAGUUAUGUCACAGCCGGCCCCCGUGAAAAAGAAGCGUCCUCCUGUGAAGGAAGAAGACCUCAAAGGAGCCAGAGGAAACCUUUCCAAAAACCAGGAAAUUAAAUCCAAAACCUACCAAGUCAUGAAGCAGUGUGAACAAAUGGGCUCUGCAGCACCUUCCAUAUUCAGCCGAGAUCGGACGGGGGGUGAAACAGUCUUUGAGAAACCUAAAGGAGAGCCGGCCAAGAGCGUCUUUGGCUGACGGCCGAGUUGGAUGUGCAUCACUUAGAUGACUGUUGUAACAUUUUCCCAAAUUGCUGUUCCUUAUGUUAAACUCACUGCAGAGCUAAAUAGUUAACUUAAUUUCUACUGUAAGUCAGUAAAUAGGGAACGGACUCAUGUCAAAGGGUACAACUUCCUUUUUAACUUUUAUUAUGUGUUUUCUGUGUUGGAUGGUGUUUGCUAUGAUGGUUUAAUAAAGAAAAAAAAAAAGAUUGGCCACAGCUUGGCACACAGUAGUGAUCGAUUUCAGCUUGUGCUUAAAUGAAUUCUGUGGACGUUUUUGGCAUUGCAGCUAUGCUCUAGCCUAAUUG